UCGCUAACCCGGCUCAGAGGGGCUGGGUAAGGAGGCUCACGCCUGUCUGGGGGUGGGAGCGAAAGGCAGCAGGAAGGAAGGAAGGAAGGAGAGCGGGGUCGGAGGAGGAGCGCCGAGCUCGGCGGGGUUUGCGCCUCCGGUACGGCAAGGGCGGCCCAAGGGCACCCGGAGGAGGAGCGGGCGGGGCUGAUGGCUUCCUCCAGGUCCCUGGCACGCUUCUGGGAGUGGGGCAAGAAUAUCGUCUGCGUGGGGCGCAACUACGCCGAGCACGCCAAGGAGAUGGGGAACGCGCUGCCCGCCGAGCCGCUCUUCUUCCUCAAGCCCUCUUCGGCUUACCUGCGGGAAGGCUCGCCCAUCCUCCGGCCCUACUACUGCACCGAUCUGCACCACGAAGUGGAGCUGGGGGUGGUGAUCGGGAAGAGAACCCAGGCCGUGUCCCAGGAGGCUGCUAUGGAGCACGUGGCAGGCUAUGCCCUGUGCCUGGACAUGACCGCUAGGGACACGCAGAAAGAGUGCAAAAAGAAGGGUUUGCCCUGGACCUUGGCCAAGGCCUUCAGCACCUCGUGCCCGGUCAGUGAAUUUGUGCCGAAGGAGAAGAUCCCAGACCCUCACAAGCUGAAGAUCUGGCUGAAGGUGAAUGGACAGUUGAGGCAGGAGGGAGAGACCUCAUCUAUGAUCUUCUCUAUCCCGCACCUGAUCAGCUACAUCAGUGAAAUCAUCACCCUGGAAGAAGGAGAUUUGAUUCUGACAGGAUCUCCCAGCGGAGUCGGGUCUGUACAAGAAGAUGAUGAGAUAGAGGCAGGGAUAGGUGACAUCCUGUCCAUGCGGUUCAAGGUUGCCCAGCAAACACGCCGGUCCUAACCAGCAGCUGGGCUGGGACCUCUGUCUGCAGAGGAGGAGCCUUUUGGGGAACGCUGAGCGAACAAAGAGACACACCGCACCCACUGUCCUGUGUGUUAAAUUUACAUGGCCUAAGAAUCUCCUGGACUCCUAGUUAUCAAAGCUAUACUGUAACUCAUGAAGACCGGUGGCUAAAACAACCCCGUUCCCAUGGAGCUUCAGCCUCCAGAGAGGCUGUAAAGCUGAGCUUAGUCCAAGAGUCCAACUCAGAUGGGGUGGCUGGUUAAUACCUAAACUGUAUCUUGGAACUUUGUAUUCAGCUGUGCUGGGGAAAUGAAAACAGCAGGAAAUACAGCCGCAGGAUGGUCACUGCGUGCUUUUCUGUUCAUGCUUUGAGCUUUGCCAGUGUACUGUCUCAAAAUAAACAUAAGAACUGAAGUAUUAAAAUGGUGACGUACAGAAAGCGAUUGUGGUCUUGGUAAGGCCUGCAGCUGUCCAUGUGGUACUCCUCAUUGAUAGGAAGGCUUCUGUGUCCCACCCACACUUGGAUUCCUUGCACAGGUGCAGUAAAGUAGCAAGAAUGCACACAAGGAAAAAUAAAAGUUUAACCUGAGGACUGGAAUCUACCCAGGGUGUGCAGCUGUGUGCUCUGGUGACUGUCAACACGGGGUCUUUCCAGCUUGGGGUGCUCCAGGGGCUUUCUCAUGGGUGAUCAGGCAGCAGUGAGAGGUGCUCACUCCUGGCUGCGGAGCCAGCAGUGGCUCCUUGUCAUCACUGGGAGCUGCAGUAGGAAAGAAGUGCAAUGUAACACAAGAAAGCUUAUGAGAAAGGAGUCUAGAAAGUGCUGCAUAUGUUUUUAUCAUUACAGACAAUAAUGCAUAAAACUGUAGAUAUUUGGUGGUUUUAACUGUAAUUUUUACAGUAGGCCACCAUUUUGAAAGUUGUACAUUCUCAAAGAGCAGAUUUGUGUGUUGGGAGGGACUCAUUUCAGCGGUUUUAUUUCCAAGAUUUAGGAUUAUAUUUUGCAAAUGUAUGAGCUUUGAGGCAGUGUGCUUAAAGAAGGAUGUAGCUGCUUUUCACAUUUCUUUUGAAGGUAUCCUUAGGAACAACAGCUGUGCAUGCCCCCACAACACCACCUCCACCAAGCACUAAUCCUGCCAAAGUGUACAUUGCAGAUUGCUGCAUUUUAGCUUCAGUCAGUGGCUUAAAAGCACAUGUAAAAGGUCUUUGUUUGAUGAGGCCUUGUAAUUAUAAAUACUAUGGCCUAAGGAACUGAGGCCAGCUGAAACACAGCAUUUAGCCGUUACAUCUGAAUAAGCCCCUGGCUUAUAGAGGUCAAAGUGCCCCUCGUAUGCUUUGAAAAUGAGAACUGAUGGAAAUCAACUAACAUAGAAAUAGAUUAACAAACAAACCAACCCCUGGAGAAUGGGGAAAUGUACGUACCUGGGUUCUUUAUGUUCAGCCAAGAACAUCUAUGCUGGAGAGUAUUCUUGUCAUGUCUGCCACCUACAGUCUUAGCCUGAAUAUUUGAUUGGCAGACGUCCCUGCUAACUGAUUACUCUGUUCUAAGAAAACUUAGUCUGCCCUGGAGAAAAGAGACUUGCAGAAAUCUUUGCUAUUCCCAUUGCUUGCCUCUGCAGUUGCCAAAAGCUUUGUGUUUGGACUCACCAACAUAUACCACAAACGCAUCAGUAUUUGAAAGUGGGCCUUUAUUUACUUAAGUAACGCAGAAGUAGCACAACAAUCGGAUAGCAGUUAAAAAAUAAAGUUCAAGAGAUCUGUCUUGUA